AAUGUGAGAGAGAGGAGGAGGAGAAGGAGGAGGAGGAGGACCAGAGGCGGCACAUUAGUCCUCCUCACUGCGCACCAGCAGCAGCACCAGCAGCAGCAUCACCAGAGAGAGAGAGAGGGAGAAGAGAGAGGCAGGGGCUUCCAAGGGGCCUGGGGCUGCCUUCCUUCCUCCUCCUGGGGAGGCAGCCGGGUGGGCUCUGCUGGGGCCUCUCUGGAGGCUGAGAGGGGGAUGCCCGGGCUGCCUGUGUGAGGGGCAGAGAGAGGAGGAUGCCCGGGGCUGCCUCUGUUGCCAGUGCUGCCCCUGCUGGCCCUGCUCCCUCCCCGGGGCUGGCCUCCUCCUCCUCCCCGUCCCGCUGCUGCCCUCCUCCUGCCGCCCCUCCUGCCCUGCUGCUGGGGGUCCCUGCUGCUUCUGCUGCUUCUGCUGCUGCUCCUUCGGCCGAGGAGGCGGCCAAGCUCUACCACACCAACUACGUGCGCAACUCCCGGGCCAUCGGGGUGCUGUGGGCCAUCUUCACCAUCUGCUUCGCCAUCGUCAACGUGGUCUGCUUCUUCCAGCCCUACUGGAUCGGCGACGGAGUGGAGACCCCCCAGGAGGGCUACUUCGGCCUCUUCCACUUCUGCACCGGCAGCAGCGCCUUCUCCCGGGAGCUCACCUGCCAGGGCAGCUUCACCGACUUCGCCAGCCUGCCCUCGGGCGCCUUCCAGGCCGCCUCCUUCUUCAUCGGCCUCUCCAUGCUCCUGGUCCUCGCCUGCAUCGUCUGCUUCGUCCUCUUCUUCUUCUGCAACACCGCCACCGUCUACAAGAUCUGCGCCUGGAUGCAGCUCAGCUCCGCUGCCUGCCUUGUGCUUGGCUGUAUGAUUUAUCCUGAUGGCUGGGAUGCCAAAGAGGUGAAACGGAUGUGUGGUGACAAGACAGACAAGUACACGCUGGGGGCUUGUUCAAUCCGCUGGGCAUAUAUCCUGGCCAUUAUUGGAAUCCUGGAUGCCCUCAUUCUCUCAUUCCUGGCAUUUGUACUUGGCAAUAGACAAGACAGCUUACUAGCAGAAGAACUCAAACUGGAAAACAAAGAUGAUGGGAAUGCUUAAAACAAGCAAAGGUAGUCUGAAACUGACUAAUUUCUGCUAAGCCAAUCCUCACUAGAAUGAGCACAAAACAAAACCGAGUAAACAGCUUUUGUACAUCAACAUUAAAUGAGAAGAAGCCUGGGACGGAAGCCUGUGAUGAAGGAGAACGUUGAUGAAUGUAAAAAUGUCUGAUUGCCACGAGCUGCCUUCUAAACAUAGAUCAGCCAGACGCGCAAGUGGUUCUCUGGAGAGAGAUUCAAUCAUGGAUUUAUCCACCAGCUCAUUAGAAACUGUCGCUGAACCCAACUUUCGGAAAGGCAUGCAUGAAAAGUCAUAUAAGGGGAAUAAAUUUUAAAAGGGGUUGUCAUCGUUGCUAGGUAAACACAUUAAUACAUGCAUCAAGGCGGUUUGUACACUUUUCUAAAAAAAAUUACUUGACUGAAAAGCAGAAUAUUUUGAAAUAAAACAUUUCAGAGGGCAGAGGUAGUUAACACAGCGGAGUCCUGUGUUAACCAGGGAGCAGAUAAGACAUCACGUUCAGCUGAGUGUCUUUGCAAACACAAUUCUCUUGUCUCAUGCUACAGAGGAAAUGAUAUAACCUCUGAUCUACCAUUUUGGCACAUCUCAUUUGGCCCUCAAGUGUUUGCAGAUAGCUAGAAACGCAACACCUCUCAGUGGCUCUUAACCUCUGUAUUCUGUCUGCUCUGUAGGAAAUGUAAAACGCAGUGGCUCUUUCCAAUUUGAUUUCUCAUUCCACGAAGGUGCAUGUGCCAUAAGAUGGUGGUUCCCAAACUGUAUUAGAAUGUAACAUUUCAUUAAGAGGAGAAGAGUUGAUACCUCUGGAGAAUGAUGGAUACCCCCAUCUCCUUCCAUAGUUAUUUUCCUACUCACCUCAAGAUAGUAUCCUUAGCCCAAAAUGUAUUAUACCGUAUGCCUCACUCCCUUUGCUUCCCAGCUACAGUGUAAGCAGGGACAGGAAUUAAGAAAAAAGAGAGGAGUGGAAAGGCUUUUUCUUCUGGGCCUUAGUCCUAGUAUGUUGGCUGCUAAUCCAUUGGGAGCGAUGUCAGUACCAAUCUAAGAUAGGAGCUAAAGCAGUGAUUCACAGGGUCUGAGCUAAGAAAAAGUUGGGGCUGUCUCUUUUCUUUUCCUUCCUUCCUUCCUUCCUUCCUUCCUUUCUUUCUUUCUUUCACUUUUCUCCCACUUUCUUCCUGCCCAGUGGGCUGUUGGAGGAGACCAAGACUGCUCUAGCCACUAAUCUGAAUCAAUUAGAUGGAGAGUGCUUUCAGAAGCAUAUUGAAGGCCCCAGGACAUUACAGGGUAUCCAUCCUGAUUUAAGAUAAGAUCAGGCUAGAGUUUUUUUUGUAAGGAUGGCAGGUCCAAAUCAUUUUGGCAUCUCUGGCUGAAAAUCCAAAUAUGUCUUUCCUGUGAUUAAAAAAGAAAGGAAAGGAAUUAUUUCAAAAACAGAUCCCCAGUGUAGCUACCUCAUUCUGCCUCAUGUUUGAGCUAGCCCUAGUUGGAGAUAGGGUAAGGAUUGUUGGAGAGCUGAUACACGCUUGACAUAAUAUUUUAUGAAAUAUACACAGCCUGAAAUGUUUGGGAGCCACUACCGUAAGGGAUACCAUUUUGGAAAACAUAACACAGCGAGUUCAUAAGCAACAUGAGGUUUCUCUUGGCAUCUGAAAUGUAAUAAUACAUGACACUUGUGCAGUUUUCUUGUUCUAUGAAUAAUAAACGAACUUUCUUUUCAAGUAACAAUGAAGAGAUUCUUGGCUAGACUCAGAGGUCUAGCCUCUUUGGCAAGACUCAAAACAGAAAGUAAACAGAACUGACACAGCUGUGACAGCCACUUUUUUGUGGUAUUUGGUAGGCCAAGACAUGUUUUUCUAUACCUUCUGACUCCACUGCAACAUUUGCUGUUCUAUAAGGCUACACACCAUACCAGCUCGUUCUGGAAAUUUAUUUGAAUGGGAUAAAUACAUAUGAGGAACGAAAUGUGAUUGUUUAGUAGGAGAUUGUCAUAUAUGCUCACUGAUAUAGAAUAAGCUUCAGCAGAUUUUAAAGCUCCCAUCCUUUUGCUCCAAUGCUUUAUUUAGAAAACCUGGCUUAAGUGUAAUGGAAUACAAAUUGAGAUCCCUAAUAACAACAUGUACCCAUUGCUUAAGAUCACUCAAGAUUUAAAAAUUACUUAUACGAAACGGAAAUUGGAAACUGUUGGCCAUAGAUGCCAUUCCACAAGAUGUUGUUCAUUCUUUCUGACUCGCAUUCCUCAGUGCAUCUAGCAUAAAAAGUACACUGUAAUAGCAAAACCUUUUUAGAUGAACUAGGUUUUACAUUUUUACAGUUUUGAAUAAAUCUGUAGAAAGCGGUUUAUGUUUAAAAAUCAUCAUCGCUUGGAAAUCGUUUGGAAAUGCCCAUGGGUAUGCAUUCAAUAUAUAAAUAAGGGUUUCUUUUUAAAUAAAUGACUUCUUUUCUUUCUAGGUAUUUCUCUAGCCCUUAGCACUGUAGUAUUCCAAUGCUGUUCACUGUUUGCUAGAGGAGGUUGCUGAUAACAUUGUGAUACAACAUCAAUAUUCCUAGCUUCUUUCCACAGUUGAACUGCAUAAUGUGAUUCUCUUCCGAGGUUCCAAGGAUAAAAUGGCUCAUCAAGGACUUGAACCAAAGUCGAUGGGAAGCCUUCACUCUUCUUGUUGAACAGCCUGGAGGAGCUCCCAAAAUCUCCAAGAAAACCCAAGGGUUAGUUAAAAAGAAAUGGUGUGCUUAGAGUCAUAUACAUUAGUGGCUACAUAGGAUACCCUAUGAAUCUAGAUAUGUAGAUGUUUCAGAAUAACCAAUAUGAUAAAUAUGAUUAAGGAUAUAAACAUUGGACAGCUGACAAAAAAGACAGCCUUGCACUGAGUUCUCUGUCAAGAGUAGCACAACUUAUUCCACAUCCUGGUGUUUACUGUUUGUCUACUAACAAGAACCAAUUAUGUAGAAUAAUUGUAGAAUAGGGGACAAGGAAGCACACAGCAUAAUGGGUUGGAUCCAGAUUUAAUCAUUACAAAGUGGACCGUAGAAAUCAGAGUAACAAAGUUUAUCUUACUUAGAUUAGGCAGUUGAAAUCAAUGGGACUUAAUUUAGUCAUGAUUAAAGUUCCAUUGAUUGGUCCACUCUAAAUAUGAUUCAACCUGCAAUCUAACCCAAUUAUAUGACGACAUGACAUUUUGAUCAAGAUGAUAGGAGAAAGAGGAGAACUUUCAUUGGCAGUCCCUGUACUUCUAAUUAUAUAUCAUUCCAUCAUCAUAUUAAUUGAAUAGUUGUAUGGGCUUUUCUGUCAUGUUCUGAUUUCUAUUUUCAUUUUGUCAGCAUUGUUAUGGUAAAGUCGCCCAUUAGUCUCAAAUGUUGUAAACAAGUUUUCUAUCUGAAUGUUUUCCAGUACUGCCCUGAUCGUUUCUUUCAUGGGCUUAUGUAAUGUUUCAGAAUCAUGACAGCCAUCAUUCUGCUGUAACAGAAGUGAUAAUAAUAAGUCAUGAGAAUAAAGGUCUGCAUCAUGUAGUGCAAUCCUAGCCAUCUUCUUCAGAAGUAACUAGUAUGGAAUUUAGUAUGCUUUAUCUCAAUUAAGUAUGCAUAGGACUUCAUCCUUACAAUACAAUCCCCUGUGUCUAUAGUUGUAUGUUCCGUUAGGCUAACUCCCAAAUAAGAAUUAUAGCUUUAAUUACUUAGCAAAAAUUCUCCUUAAACAAAGUUUAACCUAUGCUAAAAUAGAAUGUCCAGGGUCAGAAAUGGCCAGGUGUAUAUUUAAUCAAAGAAUGGGUAAGCUAGCACUCUUCAGAAGUUUUAGACUACCGUAAUUGCCAAUCAUUGGCCAUGCUCACUGCAGCUUAUGGAAUUGUAGUUGAAAACAUCUGAAGAACACUUGCUUGACUUCCCCUCGUUUCAGGGGUGCAAAUCAUUCAGCUCUCCUGGUGUUGCUGGACUGCAGUUCCCAUCAUCCCUAGCCUCCAUAACUAGUGGUCAGAGAUCAUGGGAGUUGGGGAUCCAUCAACAUAUAGAGGACCAUAAGUUGCCUACCCUUGCUUUCUUCAGUCUAACCAACUGCACUGUGAAAGAGACCUCCUUAUCCAGGAUGAACAUGCUGCAUUGUUGCAGAAACACUUAGAGGACAAAGAAACUAGUUUUGGAUGGUUGGGAUAUUAGUAUGGUCUCCACAGAAAGGGGGAAAAGAACAUCAGUCUGAAUUGUGAUCAGUUAUACACAACCACUCAGGUACUGGGGUGGCUGACCAUUCUUGUGAGUACUGUACUCCAGUACGCCUCUGGUUGUCCUCCUCACAGGGUAUCCCCAAUAGUUCAAUAACAAAUGUGAGGAUUCACUCUCUUAUCAUAUUUUGAAUCAUAUGUAAGAUCAGACAAUAACACCAAAAGGUCAACUGGACUGCUGUCACGCUAAUGUGGCCUGUCAAAGCCUGCUAGUCUUGAGCCUGAAGCCUCUUUAUCCUCCUUUUCAGCAUCUGCUGUUCUUUAAACUUGUUGGGAGAAAAAUGAGAAUAGGCCCUGCCCUUUCACUGACUCUGACUUUAUACAGGCAUUUUCCCUGCUUGUAGCCUCAGCGUGCAAGGAAUGAAGAAUGCCAGCCCUAGUCCCAGCUUGCAUGUUCCCAUUGAUCUUCUCACAUUGAAAGUGCCUUUGUGAAGAGGAGAAACUCAUUUGUAUGCGCCGACUCUCCAUGCGAUCUGGAACUAAUGUGAUGAGCCUCUCCAAUUAAUGGAAAGCUGUCUUCUGCACAAAGUCACUCUCCAUUUGAAAAGAUGGAUGGAAACUCGUGAGGGCUACUAUGCUGCCCUUUUUCACAUGUUUAGGCUACACAGAAAAUGAAUACCUGGCUAGGGCUUGUGACUGGUUGCAUUCCUUGCUUUCUGUUGGUCCCUGGUGACUCUGGCUAAGUAUGAGACCUUUCAGAUGAGUGUCUGUCUCUUACGUGAACAAUCUCACUAUUUGGCUCAGUAUUUGUGUUUUUCUACCCAGCACAGCUCUACAAAAGGCACUUUUCUCUUUAUCUUCCUCCUCCUCAGCCUCCUUCCCUUCUGUACUUUCAUCUUAACCUUCCAUAAGUGAACUCUUCUACAGUGGCCACUGCCCUUCCAUCAUGUUUCUGAUAGCAACUGCUUCCCUAGCAACUGUCAAUGUUCCCACAAUGUACAUGGGACAUUCCAUGUACAUUCCAAAGUUCCUAUAUAUCCCCAAAACUGUCAGGCCUCACCAUUGCUCAUUACCUGGGCCUAAAAAACCAUCCAUAACUCAGUUUGUUGACACCCAAAUGGUGUUGUGAUCCUUAGACACAGAUCAUACAAACAAGCUUGUUGGAUCUCUUUAGUACUGUACAUGUUCACACUUCUUGGUAUUCUGUUUCUCAAUGUGGCACAGUAGUGUUUAACGCAAAAACAUUGCAAACUGAUGUGAAUGUUUCCAUUGCCAUUUGUGUGUAGAUAUAUGUGUGUAUAUACAUAUGUGUAUGUAUAUAUAUAUGUAUAUAUAUAUAUGAAGGAAGCAAAGCAUUUUAAGUUCAUACAUCAUAAAUGUAAGUAGAAGUAUGUUUUUAAAGCUCUUAAAAUGUAAACACUUCCCCCAUGCUCUCAUCCCAUCAUAAUGUCAAAAAUAUGUGGCUUUGGUUUUGUUUGUUUGUUUGUUUGUUUGUUUAAAAGAAAAAUGGUCAACAAAUUGUAAAGAAAACUGUUGGAAUACCUGACUUUCUGAAGAAACAAAGAACAAUAAUUUUUGUUACUUUAACGUAUGCUUAGUAUUAUGGUACCUAAUAAAGGUCAAUAAUGAAUUUUGUAGCAUACUAGA